UGUGGGGUGUGGAGGAGGGAGUGGUUGUGGGAGCAGAAAAAGGAACUCCUUUAUAAGCCGUGAGGCACUCCUCCUGCUGCACCAGGCAGGAAGGGAAAGGCAGGGACAGGCUUGCCCAAGUGCAGCUGUUGCACCCAGGAGAAAGCAGCCAGCAUUCAGAGCGCCUGACAGGAGAGUGGGUGCUGUGCACUCAACAAUGUGCCCAGGGUCUGCCACUCACACCCUGUUGCUUCCUGGCCUCCCCGCAGAGACCCACCACCACAGCUUCUAGAGACAGGCAGAGCUCUGACUGUCCUGAGGAGGGGAAGAUGGAUGAGGAAACAACAGGCGACUCUGAGACCUUGCUGGAAACGCCAGGGCCGGCUGAGCUAAGGAAACCGGUGCUCUUCAGAACUUACAGGCGGCGAUGGUUCCUGCUGGUGGUGAUCUGCCUACUGAACUGCUCCAAUGCCAUGCUAUGGCUGACGUUUGCUCCAGUGGCUGACAGAACAGCAGCCUACUUCCACAUCUCCAUGGAUACGAUUAACUGGCUGUCCCUGGUGUACCUUCUCAUAUCUAUCCCAUUUGGACUGGUGGCCACCUGGAUUCUCGACACCGUGGGACUCAAGUGUGCUGUGAUACUUAGUGCCUGGCUGAACAUGGUUGGGAGCGUCCUCCGGACUUUCAGCGUCAUCAGCUUCCUGAGUCUGGGAUCCCUGACCUACACGUACCUGUUCAUAGGACAGUGCCUCUGUGCUCUGGCUCAGCCACUUGUCAUUUUUUCUCCCACAAAACUAGCAGCCCUGUGGUUCCCAGACCACCAGAGAGCUACAGCAAACAUGAUCUCUUCAAUGUCUAAUCCCUUGGGAAUUCUUAUCGCUAACUUGCUGUCCCCUACACUUGUGUCUGAAGAAAAAGAUAUACCACGGAUGCUUGGACUGUACGCCAUCCCUGCAGUUACAGCCUGCAUCCUAGCCACAGUUGGUGUUCACGACAAGGUCCCUCCAACUCCACCAUCAGCAAGCGCCACUCAUUCUACCUCGCAGCCAUUUUUCAAAGGCUUGAAAAUGCUUCUGAGAAAUAAACCAUACGUCAUCCUGAUGGUCUGUUUUGGAGCAGGGAUUGGGAUGUUCACCUGCUUUUCGGCUCUUCUGGAACAGAUCCUGUGUGUAAGGGGAUAUUCAAACUUCUUUGCAGGCCUGAAUGGUGCGUUGUUCACGGUGUUUGGGUUACUUGGCGCUUUCCUUCUGGGACUGUACGUCGACAAGACCAGAAAAUUUAUAGAAUCCACCAAGGUCUGUUUCUGCCUGACUGCGCUAGCCAGCAUCGCAUUUGCAGUCAUGUCUCGGUUCAGGAACCAGGCCUUUCCACUGGCUCUGAUCAGCUCGCUGUUUGGGUUCUUUGGAUUUUCUAUCUACCCUGUUGCUAUGGAGCUAGCGGUAGAAUGCUCCUACCCGGUGGGAGAGGGAACAUCCACAGGCCUCAUUUUUGUUUCAAGUCAGAUCCAAGGAGUGAUCUUAAUGCUGCUAUUGCAAGCCCUCACGGUGCAGAUUUCCUCAGCUCCAUUCUCCACCUGUGACAUUGAGGAAGGUGGAGCAUUAGACUGGACAGUUCCCACACUGGUGAUGGCUGGAGCAUGCAGUGUUGUAGCCUGCUUCUAUGUCAUCUUCUUCCACACCGACUACAAGAGACUCCGUGCCGAAGCAUCGAAUGCCGCCUCAAUCAACAAAAUUGGAACUGAAGCAACAGCUUCUGAAGCCUAAAAUGUCUUAUUUACAACUGUACACUAGCACGCUGGGGAAAACGGACUAAUCUCUGUGGGAAAAGGCCCGUCACACCUGUGCAUUCAGCUCGCACGCUGGGGCCCUGAGCCUGGUAUGGAUCUUAUAGGUGCUACCACAAUACAAGUGCUACUCCAAGUUUGAUGACAGAGGGGCUGGAACGUUGUCUGGUCUUGCGGUUCUCCACCAGAGCCCGAGCUGGACUUUUAGGACAAGAUUCAAGGGAGAGGUAUUUGUGCUAUUUGGAUCUUGCUAAAGUGAUUAAAAGAACCAAAGAUGGAUUGGACAUCUACAGAGAUAAGAAUAUUCAGUUGCAACAGUAAUGCUGAAGUAUUGCAAUGGAGAUAAACCUCAUGUUUCAGGAGUUAAGGCCAUUUUUUAAGUACUAGAGGGUGGGGUGAGAUAAUCGGGGCGGGGGGGGGGCAGUUUGUCCGUACCUACCCUGCAUCUUCCUCUGAGGUAUCUGGUGCUGCCCACUGCUAGAGACAGAACACUGGCUUCGAAGGACCACGGUUCUGAUCAGUAUGGCAAUUCUGAUGGCUGGGGUGACCUUUCAUCAAGGGAUGGGGGUGGUAAAAACUGGGCAGGUGGGUUUUAUCUUUGCCUGUGCUGGUUUGUUCAAUGUUCUGUAAGCCCCCAUGGUGGGCACAGCACACGCUUCUAAAAAUCACCUGCAGCAUCUUUACCUGUAGACAUGCAAGGGGAAGCCCUGAUAUUUAAGCACCAAAUGUAAAGGAGAAUUGACCCCUACCCCCGAAGGAGAGAUUAAGAGCCAGCGCAGGUUAAGAGACUGGGUUUUAUAACACCCUCCCUCCACCCACUCACCUGCCAUACGGUCAGCGAUGCGGAAUUCAUUUCUAGCCUGUUGCUACUUCUGCCUUUACACAAACCCUUGACCCAUUUCUAAUAGUUACAAUUUAAUAAGCAAAGGAACCCGCUGACCCUGGAGCAGGCCUGUGCUCACUGCCCAGGAGAGGGUGAGGUUAAAGGUGAGGCACUAGCACUGUUGGACAUGGCAGGAAAAUGAUGGUUUAGCUCCUUCCCUCAGCAGGUGCUGCCCAGGACACACCUAAGAACCCCAGGCAGGGGCAAAGGCCAAUCCUCAGUGGGAACCUGCUGGAGGCCAGUAAUGGUAACACGGGGGCGAUUCACCCCUCGGGGGCCUAGACUAAUGCACAGUGUCCCGGGCUAGUGCAGGGAGGUGUAACAGACCUGCAGGUGCUGCCGUGAAUGAUUGGGGCCCAAGGACUAAAGCUCCACCUGUGGGAAAUUGACAUUUCCAGCACGGGACUCAGUCCAAUUUGAAACAAAACUUAAAAUUUUCAGUCUUUCCAGGGGAGAGGAAAUUCCUAGGCAUUUUUGCUGUGGGACUAGGGACAGGAGGUGUUUCCAAGAGGAAAUAUACUCCUGGGCCUGGUCAGCUGCUGAGUGAAAUUAACAUGUUUCGCGGCUGCCCAUCACCAACCAGCAGCUGUGAAAUCAUGUCAGUUUUACUCAGCAGCUCCCUGGCUUUGCAAGGUCUGCACUUCUGGGGCCGCAGGGCGUGGACCCUGCAAGCCCAACUCUAGGGCUCCCAGCUCCAGGGAGGAAGCUGGAAGCCUCGCAAGCCUAAGCCCAGGCGUGGGUCUCAGGGCCACCAAGCUCCCAGCCCAGCAGCAGGGAGUUUGGAGGCCCUACAGUCCCCAACUCUGGUGCAGCCUUGGAGCUGCAGACCCUGGAUGUCGAGCAGCCUGCCGGGUGAGCUGGCAGGGAACCAGGGAGGUUUCAUUCCAAACUGCACCUGUGCUGUGAUGAAUGUUAACUGAACCUGCCACGUGUCUGUGAAACAUUUUGGGCUAGACAAAUCAGCAUUUGCAACCCUGUUCUGGUGGACAAUUCCUGACCAGUUCUACCGAGUCCACAAGUAGCUAUCCAAGGGACACUAAUGGCUCCGUCCCUGCCCCCCGCCAUCUCUCCAUUAUAGCAUUCUACAACCCAGGCACUAUUUGCACUUUGGAAACUGCUAGGAAGUGGUUGGGAAAACUUUCUCUUGCCGUAAAACUGCAGCCUCUUGGGAACGAGCUACGUGGUGUGUUGGCUGUAACACACACACACACACACACACACACCCACACCCAUUUCAGAUUCCUUCUAGGAGGCAGCAGGGGUGUCUUAAAAUGACGUUUGGGUUGUCUCCCAAGAGCCAUGCACAGAUGUUCUCAUACCUGCAUAGAAAGGGGGCCUGCUGCCUUUAAGACCCCGCCUCGCUCUCCCCACAACCAGGAGAGGUGAUCCUCAGAGUAAAAAUGAUGGGCAGGAGCAGAGGAUUAGCUUCAAGCAGCAUUAACUCCCUGCACGGUCCUCAUUAAGAGUAAGAGAACAGCCAAAGGGGAACCCAGCCAAUAGCAACCAGGCGACUGCUGGAUCCACGCUGCCAGGACGUGGGAGGAGGGGUCCAGAGGAGCCAGGAGUCAUCUGUGAUUUAUAAACUAAAUGACUGUAAUGACCGCGGUGGAGAGAAAACGGAUUCCUACUUCUCUGCAGCGAACAGCAAGCAAAAUGGUUGGUAUCCAAGAUACCUCCACAGCAACACUGCAGUGCAGUUCUUUGGCAAGGAGUUAAACUGUCCAAGUCGGGAUACUCGUUCCCACGUAUGGCCUUUCAGGGCUAACAGGCCAUCUGCGAUGGUGCUUGUAAAAAGCUACUGUAAAUGACACUUGCAACUAUUCGGAUCAGUUUGUCCUGCUCUCCAGUCCACUUACAGGAAGAAGGGACUUGAGGUCCUUCAGGACUUAGAAUUAAGUGAGUUUUAGCACUGCAGAUUGUGUACAGCCCUUUCUCCUACUGGAGGGAGCUAAUUGUUCAAAAGAGUGAAUUAUUUCACUCUCAGUACACUGCAAACUAGAUCAAACACAUUUGCAACUCAGUCUUUCCUCCUGCCUUCCUGAAUUUAAGGCAUGUGCUGUCAAGAGAAAUCUGACUGCCUCUGCAGUUGAGUUUCUCCCUGGUGGGCUAUAGUCUGUGUGAGUGAGGGUCACACUUCAGGCAGUCCAGUGUAGUUCAGUGUGUGAACUGAUCAAGCCUGAGAUUCAUUGGAGGAUUUAGGCUACACUGACACUCGUUGAGGACCAGGCGCACUGGUCACCUUCACAAUCUCUCUUACUAGUUGAUCACCAUUUGUUAGUUUGUACAGCUACCCAUUAGGCUCUGUCUACACUGUAGAUCUUACAGCAGCACAAUUGUACCACUGCAACCACGCCGCUGUAAGGUCUCCUGUGUAGCCGCUCUAUGCCAGCAGGACCCACCUCUUCUGCUGGCAUAAUUAAACCACCCCCAAUGAGCAGUGGUAGCUACGUCGGCGGGAGACGCUCUCCCAGUGAAAUACCACUGUCCACAUCCAUGCUUUUGUUGAUGAAACUUAUGUCCAUCAGGGAGGUGUUUUUUCACACCCCCGCGUGACAAAAAUGUUGCCGACAAAAGUGCUAACCUAGACAAAGCCUUACAUUCCCAUUAGACUCUAAAAUUCACAGAAUGAAGGGGAGGAAUUGUCUAAAGUAGAGGCUUUAGAUAACAGAUUAAGAUUCAAGGAGAUAAAUUUAAAGUGCUUCAGAAGAACAGACUGAAGUUAUCUGACAAGCAGAUUUUAGUUUGUCAACUCUGCAACUGUGGCACUAAAUGCCUAAUAAAGUAUGACUUAAAACUUGUCAGCCAUUCCUCAGUCCUGAUCAAAAUGCUCUUGGUACGUGAUUGUUUUGUAUCGCUGCAAACUGUCCAGUAUAAUAAAUGGGGCUUUGUAAAAAUGA